AUGUCAUCCACUCCAGUCACUCCUCAAACAAAUUCUUCAUCAAAAGUGAAAAUUUCUACUAGCAGAGAAGUUGCAUUAGAACAAGAACUUUCUCAAAUAACUAAUAUUAAUACUGUUUUGGAACAGUUUCUUCACACCAUUGAAAAAGUAAAUGGUGAUUUGAAUCAAAUUAAUAAUGGUGCUACAAAUACCAUGAUUUUGAUGAACAAAUGGACAGAUAUAAUGUCACAAGCUGAUUUUACCCUUGAUGUGAUUAAUAAUAGUGGUUGGAUCCCCAAUGAUGAAUAUGAUAAUGAAUUUGGAGAAAGACAUCAACAACAAGAUGAAGAAGUAGAAGAAGAAGAAAAAGAUGAUAAUGAUGAUGAUGAUGAAGAAGAGAUUGAAGCUAAAUUACGUGCUCUUGAACAGGAAAAUCUUGAAAUUAGUAAAAAAAUUGAAAGUCAUGCCAGGGAAAAGAAUGCUAAAAUGAAUCGUGCUAGAGAAAUUGAUAAUAAAAGGAAAAGAGAAUUGGGUUUAUUUAAUGUCAGAAAAAAAACAACACGUUAA